UGAGCAAGCAAACCAAUGACUUCAUUUUAAAGCCCAUUUCUAUAUUUCCACUUUCUUUAAACCCCUACAUUCAAAAUUCAAUCUUUAUCUCUUCAAUUUAAUUAAUUUUCAAUCAAUAAAAAUGGCAUCUAUUCCUUGUUCUUCAUAUAUCACAUCUCCAUUUCUUGAUUUCUCAAAAUCCAAUAGAACCCAAUUGCCUUGUGGGAUGAAAUCUGUGUUAGGGUCAUCUAAUUCUGAGUUUUUACAACAUGGGUUUGCUCUAACAGCUAAAAUCUUUUCUGGGUUUUCGACGAAUUCUCAAACCCGGUUUGGUGUUUUUGCUGCAGCUGCCACCGGAAAAAGUCUAUAUGAUUUUACUGUAAAGGAUAUCGAUCGAAAGGAUGUCCCUCUUUCCAAAUUCAAAGGAAAGGUUCUACUAAUUGUCAAUGUUGCAUCACAAUGUGGUUUAACGUCAUCGAACUACUCAGAGCUCUCUCAGAUUUAUAACAAGUACAAGGAUCAAGGACUUGAAAUCUUGGCCUUCCCCUGCAAUCAGUUUGGGUUCCAAGAACCUGGAUCAAAUGAUCAGAUUAAACAAUUUGCUUGUACAAGGUUCAAAGCGGAAUUCCCCAUUUUUGACAAGAUUGAUGUGAAUGGUCCAUUCACGGCCCCGAUAUAUCAGUUCCUCAAGUCAAGUACAGGAGGAUUGUUGGGCGAUUUGGUAAAGUGGAAUUUUGAGAAGUUUUUAGUAGAUAAAAAUGGGAAAGUCGUCGAAAGAUACCUUCCUACUACUUCUCCUCUUCAGAUCGAGAAGGACAUCAGGAAGCUUGUUGCUGCAUGAUUUGAUUGGAUACUCAAAAUUUCACAAGCUAAAUCAUACAUAUAUACACUUUUUUCUAAAGAGUUUUCGUUUUAGUUCUUGUAAUACAAAGCAAAUAAUGUGUAGUCAAAACCGGCGAUUUGGAUAUAUCUAUAUAUCCAUCGAUACAACUAAGUAAAUCGAUAGUCCUGGUACUUGUUGUCUUAAGCAUAUAAUUUGUCAUAUCACAUAUUUUCAAUAGAUUAUGUAAUGAGAUAAAUAGCAUGGAUGUAAUCAUAUACUAGUACAAGUGAUGGUGUUUUGGCA